AACGGAGCAGGGCUCCAGGGGGGCAUCUAGUCGAGCCCGCGACCCCGAGAGGGGCCUGGGGCGAAAGGAAAGAGACCCAAGAAAGCCAGGCGCGCCCCCUCCCAGCAGGGCUUCCCCGAGGGACCCCUCAAAUUGCCCCCCCCCGGCCCCCGCAUGGAAGCAGUCUUCCUUGCACAGCAAUUCAUUUGGGUGCCGUUGCUCUUGAAUGGAUCUCCUCAUACUCCUCAAGCAACAGGAUCGUGGAUCAUUUUCAUCGCAACAAUACACAAAUAAGUUCUUCGUAGCCCUCAGGCAGGGAGCCGGCUCAGCUUCUUUCCCAGGUGUCCCCUGCAAGCUCCUGUGCUCCAUUUCUAAAGAAAAGCCAGAUGCCAAAGGAGGGACAAGGCCUUCAGGGGGUGAUUUGGCAGGAGCAGGUGGCCGUGCAAAGGGAAGAAAAGCUGCCCCUUCCGAAAUGCCCAAGUUGGAAGAGGCACAAAGCGUCCUCUAGUCCAAUCCCCCUGGGAUAAUGGCAGGAAAAGUCAAAUGGGUUACUGACAUAGAGAAAUCUGUGCUUAUAAACAACUUUGAGAAGAGGGGAUGGGUCCAAGUGUCUGAAAAUGAAGACUGGAAUUUUUACUGGAUGAGUGUGCAAACUAUUCGAAAUGUUUUCAGCGUGGAGACUGGUUACCGCCUCUCUGAUGACCAGAUUGUCAACCAUUUCCCAAAUCACUAUGAGCUCACCCGAAAGGACUUAAUGGUCAAAAAUAUUAAGAGGUACAGGAAGGAAUUAGAAAAAGAAGGUAGCCCUCUUGCAGAGAAAGAUGAAAAUGGAAAAUACCUUUACUUAGACUUUGUGCCUGUCACCUUUAUGCUCCCAGCUGAUUACAAUUUAUUUGUUGAAGAAUUCCGGAAAAACCCUUCCAGUACUUGGAUUAUGAAACCCUGUGGAAAAGCUCAAGGGAAAGGAAUAUUCCUUAUCAACAAACUUUCCCAAAUUAAAAAAUGGUCUCGAGACAGCAAAACAUCCACGUUUAUAUCUCAGUCCUCUAAAGAAGCUUAUGUGAUUUCUCUGUAUAUCAACAAUCCUCUACUGAUAGGUGGGAAGAAAUUUGACCUUCGCCUGUAUGUUUUAGUGUCUACUUACCGUCCUCUGAGAUGCUACAUGUAUAAACUUGGGUUUUGUCGCUUUUGCACAGUAAAAUACACACCAAGUACAAGUGAAUUAGACAACAUGUUCGUGCAUCUUACCAAUGUUGCCAUUCAGAAGCAUGGGGAUGAUUACAAUCACAUCCAUGGUGGGAAAUGGACGGUGAGCAAUCUGCGCUUGUAUUUAGAAAGCACUCGUGGGAAAGAGGUCACCAACAAGCUGUUUGAUGAAAUUCACUGGAUAAUUGUGCAGUCACUGAAAGCUGUUGCACCUGUGAUGAACAAUGAUAAACACUGCUUUGAAUGUUACGGAUAUGACAUCAUCAUUGAUGACAAGCUAAAGCCAUGGCUUAUUGAGGUCAACGCUUCUCCUUCUCUUACUUCCAGUACUGCCAAUGAUCGUAUCCUCAAAUACAAUCUUAUUAAUGACACACUUAACAUUGCUGUCCCUAACGGGGAAAUUCCAGACUGUAAAUGGAAUAAAUCUCCCCCCAAAGAAGCCCUUGGACAUUAUGAGAUUUUAUACGAUGAAGAGAUGGCACAAAGUGAAGUGUCAGAUCGUGAUUUGAGAAGUCGCUCUGGGCAGUCCAUUGGAUUGAAGGGAACUCGAUCCAGAGACACUGGAAAAUCAGGGCCCCUUACAUGGAAGUAGCUGCAGAAUGACCUGUAGACUGACGCUUCCUGAAAUUCAGGGCUGUGGUUUUUGUAGGAAGUUUGCUUGAAACGGAUGCUCAGAUUUUGGAUGACCUCCUUCCUGUUUGCAAAAUGCUCUAAUUGGGGGAAGUCAUGUUGCGCAAAGAGGACAGAAUAUUUUUCUGUCCGGCAGUGACAAGUACAUUGAUGGACUGGACAAAAUUGGUUUAUUAGCAUGUAUAUAAACAGUUAUUAAUCAGUUCAUUGCAGUUUUACUGCAGGACUGUUAUGUUGCAUGUUGUAUGAAAUAGUUGUAUUAAUAUAUGAGUUAAUAUAAUUGGAAAUGAGCUUUUUACCGGUAAAUAAAUUACUGUGUCUUGCAAACAAGUGGUUGCUUUCUCACGCAUUGCUACCAUAGGGGUCCCCAAUACUUUUCGGUUCAGAGGCACUUGUUUUGUUUUGGACUACAAAAUGCCCAUUUCAUAGAACUAAGCCUGGUGAUGCUCAGAAUUCCUAAACGAGGGAAACGCCAACAAAUAAAUACAGAACUCAAGGCAGGUAACCCUCCCCCAACAACAACCCCCCCAGCCUUCCCAAACUGUCGUUUCAAUAAAUCAGCAGGGGCUGGAAACCUCAGUGGGCGCCAACAGCGUGAUGUGCCCCCAGGUGCCACAGUGGACAAAAAAUGCAUCUUGAAAUUCAUAUUUUGUAGGGAGAAAAGCUGUCUUUUUUCUUGAUAUUUUACUAGAAUUGUAAGAGUAUACUACUGAAAACACACAUACUUUUUUAUUUUGCAAAAUACACCAAAAGACCAAAUCAGUAUGGUUCAUGUUCGAAAUGCCUGUUUUCAAACAACAUAUUUCCGCUUCUAAAAGCUGCUUGUAGAAUGGGUGGGGGAACCUAAUAAAGCCUUUGUGUACUGGGGAUAUUGUGACAGGCCUGCUGUCAUGACUAUAUAUAGCAAAGACCGAUCUAUAAGUUGUAUGCUGAUACAGCAAUACGUUUCUGCACAAUUUGAUGUAACGGCUAUUAUUGGCAGAAACGACGUCAGUGUUGAGUUUCAAGUAUCAUUCGCCAAUUGUUAAUCUGGCAAGCACACUAAGAAACUGGUGCAUUGCAGUGGGUUUGUCAGAUAGCAUCACAAAUUGCUACAUCAACAUUUAUUUUUUACUGUGAGGUGCUGUAUUCUACUCUUAGUCUUUCCAUUUUUGCUACUUAAACAUGUCCCCACUUCAGUGCACUAAACCACAAUUGUAUGCAACUAUAGUUGCCACUACUUUCAAGUCACAAACAUGCUGCUGUCACUACUAUUAGAUGCUACCUUUUGACUUUGGCCGGUUGGUUACCUCUCCUUAGUGAUUCUUCUAUUUUCCUACCAAGGUGGUCUCCGAGAGAGACAGGAAAAAGGACAUCAUGUAUGGGAAGAGAUGCAGCAAAGUAGUGAAUUUUUGCACCCCAAGUACACACAAUAAAGACAACUCCUGCGGUGUUAGCCGAUGUGAGACUGUGGCUCAAUACAGACAUCAAACCAAAUCUUGAUUUCUGAGCACCAAACUAGUUUAGAAGCCAAACGGUACUUCAAGCUUCCAGACAAUUGAGCUUAUAUUAUCAUCAUUCUAUUUUACUAUUAUUUAUUGUAUUUGUUAGUCAUUUCUUAUAAGGUAACUCAAAGUGACUUGCUUUAAAAUCAAUUCAAAGCAUCAAACAAAACCUAAGAAUCUGCUGUGUAAUGUUGGGGACAGUGAACAGCAUGGGAGAUAACUUGUGUGAAAGGGGAAGAUGGGAUUAAUGAGGAACGCCUUUGUGUUGUGGCUUUAAUUUUAAAAAGGCCUAUUAAUAGCUUUAAGGUUAAGAAUGUUUAUUUUGUGCAGUCUGCUUUGAAAUCCCUCCUGGAUUUCUCUGAGCCACUUCGUGGCUGGGAGAAAGCUGCUGCUAACUACAUUUGCAGUCCAAUUGUGAAUGUCAUGGUAGUGAUGUCAUGCAUAAAGGCAGGUGUUUCCUCCUCCAUCUCCCCAAACACACAUUGUUAGGAAAUGUUCGUGUGCCCAGAUAUUGGAAAGAAUUAUGCCGUUGUAAACAGAAGCAUUUUAUCAUUGUAGCAGAUACUUAAUCUCCUGAGGAAUCGCAAGAUGGAUGCUGUAAAUACUAGCAAAGCAAAGUUUCCCCAUAUGUACAACUGGGCAGAAAAGCAGGGGGUUGCCCAGUUCACAACCUCGCCCACGGCACAGUGCAUGAUUCUUUUUUAGAUAAUAAAAGUUUUUAUUGAUUAUUUUCACAUAACAAAUUACUUCAACAAUUGUAUUUUCCUCCCUUCCCUCAGUUCCUCUUUCUGAUUUAUUUGCAUAUAUUGUUCUCUGCACGUUAUGAGAAUGUAAAAAUCUCUGAGUUAUCCAUCUAUUAUGUUAACAAAUAAAUUUGUGCAUGUUUAUUCAAAACCUG